CACAGCUGGCAGCUACUAUGACACACUGCUGAGGAAGUGCAUCAGCUGCACAGAAGUGUGUGGGCAGCACCCAGUGCAGUGUGGAGCUACCUGUCAGGCCACAGCAGCAGCUUCAUCAGUGUGGUCCCCCACGAGGACAGAGCUGGAGCUGCAGCCAGCGAGGAUGGGGAGGCCGGUGCUGGAGCACUACCAUGCGGCCCUCAUCUACUCCCUGCUUGGUGUCUGCCUCAGUGUUCUGCUCUGUACCCUGACCCUGGCUGUGUUCAUGAUGCUGAGGAAGAGGAUGGAGGCAUGCCCCAGGAAAAAGGCCAGUGGGCACACCCCUGCCUCCUCCAAAGCUUGUUUAAUGGAAUCCGGCAGUCUGCAAGGGAGUGUGAGUGGAAGAGGGACCCCCGAGACUGUGGGGACCUGCAGCUGCUGCUUUCCUGAGCCAGCAGGGACUGAAACAGCACCACAGACACACAGACACACUGGACUGGCAGCGAUGGAGACAGCACCGCAGACACACAGACACACUGGACUGGCAGCGAUGGAGACAGCACCGCAGACACACAGACACACUGGACUGGCAGCGAUGGAGACAGCACCUCAGACACACAGACACACUGGACUGGCAGCGAUGGAGACAGCACCGCAGACACACAGACACACUGGACUGGCAGCGAUGGAGACAGCACCGCAGACACACAGACACACUGGACUGGCAGCGAUGGAGACAGCACCUCAGACACACAGACACACUGGACUGGCAGCGAUGGAGACAGCACCUCAGACACACAGACACACUGGACUGGCAGCGAUGGAGACAGCACCGCAGACACACAGAUGCACCGCAUUGCUCUACCAGCAGGCUGCAGCCACCACGGCUUCAUCCAUGUAUCGCAGUGACAGAGCCCUUAAUAUUAUUUGUUCCCCGACACAAACUACCACAUAAGAAAGCAAUUGCUAAACAUUGCACUAAAGGGGGUUUAAUAUGUUAACACUGGGGCACAUCUCAGGGUUUUUAAAGGUUUUUAAAACUUUGAGUCCUCUCAGUUUUUACUGUGAGCUUAGUACAUACCAACAAAAUAAUUUCAGUAAAUCUUACCUGAUAUGUGUAGCCUUCGUUUCUUAGAGCUUGCAUGUUCCUAUUUGAAACAUGUACACAAUGGUUCAGGUGAUUUUUUUAUAUUUAUUUGUUUGAAGCUGUUAGUGAAGAAAAUGUAUCAUAUGCUCCUUUCAAUGCUGUACUUCUAGAGAGUUUGCACGAAGGAACUAAAUUGACAGUGAAGAGCAUAAGAAGAGCAGUGCUUGUUACUCAAAUGUGAGCCAAUGAAUAAAGCUUUUGGGAGUUUAAGCUCUUUUUAAGAAAAUAAAUAUA